CAUAGAGAUAUAGAUAGAACAAGAGAGCGAGAAAGAGAGCAACCUUCAAUUAGUCGGCCAUGGCGGAUUCUCCAAUCAGCGAUAAUAAUUCAGAGUCUGAGAUGAACAAUAACUCUAGCUCAGCUCCUUCUAGCAAUCCAACAUCCGAUUCCGUUGCUACCGUCAACCAAUCCGGCUCCCCGGUUGUCUGCCUCGUGAGGUUCGCAGGCGAUUCCGCUGCCGGCGCUUUCAUGGGCUCCGUUUUCGGAUACGGCUCAGGAUUGAUUAAAAAGAAGGGUUUCAAAGGUUCAUUUUCUGAUGCAGCAUCUUCUGCUAAGACAUUUGCAGUUUUAUCUGGAGUUCAUAGUCUAGUAGUUUGCUUUCUGAAGAGGCUGAGAGGAAAGGAUGAUGUUAUCAAUGCAGGUCUGGCUGGGUGUUGUACUGGCAUUGCUUUGAGUUUCCCUGGUGCACCUCAGGCCCUAUUUCAGAGCUGUCUCACCUUUGGGGCAUUCUCAUUUGUCAUUGAAGGGUUAAAUAGACGGCAACCAGCUAUGGCCCUUCCAUACCCACCAAUAGCCAUAGAUAAGCCCCGAAUGGGCUUGCUCCAGCCCUUGGCAUUUCCUCUUGCGGACGAACUCAAACAGUCUUUCUCAGCCUUUUGCCAAUCGAUAAGUAAAAAGGGCAAAAGUCAAUCUAGUUUUCCCCACUGAUUGGAUUAGAUUUCGAUUGAAGGCUUUCUAGUUUCUACUAAUUUCAUAUGAAUUUGUGGAGACGGUUUAGAAACCGUUAUUCUCAACCAAGUCUAUUGUAUGGUUUUCUGCAAGAGAGCAGUGAUUAGUGAGUUGGAUAUGAAGGUUGAAAUUAGUUGUUUAGCCAUUUGUAAAACGGGAUGGUUUACUGUGGGUUUCAUCUUUGUUAAUCUGUUGUUUUUACUUCA